UUAAACCUGCACAGGAAGAGGAUAUGGGUCAAGAGGACGACGUCUCGGUUUUAUUAUCGUUCAUUUUUAACAUGUCCCAAGCUAAUGUGCACCUAGAUUUAGUAAUAUGUGAUUAGUUUGACGUUUUGACAUUCCAAGCCCCGUUUGGUACUAAGACAUUGCACAAGAAAAGACAGCCAUCACUUCAACAUCACAAACAGCCUCAGCUAAUUCUGCCAUCCAUCAUAUAACUGUUCAAUGCCUAAUACAUCAGAAGGUCAAGGAGCAAACCUACCUGGGCCAGCAGAGCCGUCAGGGCUGCAAAGGCCCACCGAUGGGGAAGAGGAACACAGUCUGAUCAGCUCCUUUGCCCGGGACGCUGUGAGAGUAAGGAGGGCUUCCAGUGCCGAACUCCACCUGCCGUGGACCUGCCCGGUCACACACUCCCGUGAGAAGUUCUACACAGUCUGCUCCGACUAUGCUCUUCUCAACCAGGCUGCUUCUGUGUACUGUCCCCCAAACGCAGCCAGGGACGUGGUCCCGAACAAGCAGGAUGAUGGGUCAUCACUUAUGAAGCCCAAACCCUCAGCUGGCUUCAGCGCUGGCCAACCUGGAGGGGCCCAUGUGGGAUCAGAUGGGGAAUGUGACAUGGUGGAAGUGUCCUCCGGCCACACUAAGCCUAUUUUGGCCUGGGAGAUUGAUACCACAGACUUCAAUGCUGUGCUCACUAGAAAAAUAAGAACAAGCAAUGUGAAGAAAAGCAGCACCAAGAAGAUGAAGUCAUCAGACAGACCCAGCCGAAAUCUGCAAGACGUCCCUCCGCAUGCCUCACUGGAGGAGAUCAAACAGAGAAAAGUGCUAGACCUCAGAAGAUGGUACUGCAUCAGUCGGCCACAGUACAAGACUUCAUGUGGAAUCUCUUCAUUGGUGUCCUGCUGGAAUUUCUUGUACAGCACUCUGGGUGCAGGGAGUCUUCCACCCAUCUCUCAGGAGGAGGCUCUGCAUAUUCUGGGUUUUCAGCCACCUUUUGAAGAAAUCAAGUUUGGUCCUUUCACUGGCAAUGCUACUCUAAUGCGGUGGUUCAGACAAAUCAACGACAAUUUCCGCGUGCGAGGUUGCUCCUACAUUCUGUACAAACCACAUGGAAAACACAAGACAGCAGGAGAAACAGCUGAAGGAGCGUUGAUGAAACUGACACAAGGGCUGAAGGAUGAGUCUAUGGCCUACAUUUACCACUGCCAGAACCACUACUUCUGCCCAGUGGGCUUCGAAGCCACACCACUCAAAGCAGCAAAGGCUUAUAGGGGCCCUCUACCCACAAAUGAAAUGGAGUACUGGAUCCUCAUUGGUGAACCCAGUAGGAAACAUCCAGCUAUUCACUGUAAAAAAUGGCUGGACAUUGUGACUGACCUCAACACACAAAAUCCAGAAUACCUGGACAUACGUCACACAGAGAGGGGGAUUCAGCGCCGCAAAACCAAAAAGGUAGGUGGCAACCUGCACUGCAUCAUGGCCUUCCAGAGGGUGAACUGGCAGAAGCUCGGCCCCUGGGCUCUAAACUUGGAGAACCUGCGCCACGACUUCCACCACUCCGGCACAGAGCGAGCCCACGGAAGCGUCGCCGAGGAAACGGAGGAGAGAACGUCAUCCAAGCGCCUGGCCUACCUGGGACGCUCACACAGUAUGGGAAGUCAGAAAGACACCAGCUGGAAACGCCUGUCCAACACUACAGAGUACAGACAGAGGAGCUCCCCUGACAGCGAUCUUGAAGAAGACAUCACAGACUGAAAAGGUUUAUUGAGACAUACGGGGGGUUAAAUAACAGACAUUACAAUACAAUACAGUCGCCCUAAGAUACAUUUUAAAAGAACAAGUCUGGUGUUAUUCUAUAUUUUACUGCCAACAAUUCCCACGAAAAGACCAAAACCAACAAUGUGUUAGUCUGUCUCGCAAUACUCUCUGACUUCCUUACCCUGUCUGUGGCACUCAGCCCAUUUGUUACUACUGAAGACGUAAAUCUUGAAAUAUAUAGUUUUUACAGAUUUGUUUGGACACUUGGGGGCAGCAGAAACAAGUCGUGAACACAACACUGACAUAUCAUCACCUUUUAAGUAAAUAUGGUGAACUUGUUAGCAAACAGUUGCUUAUUCAUACAUUCCGCAGUUACGGAGCAACCAUAAGUGUGUCAUCCAAUAUUCACUCUCUUUUAGCUCUGGUUUUGGUCUCCACCAACUCCUGAGGGAAAUAUCUGGCCCUCUAGCUGCUAAAUAUGUUCACCAGCAAGUAGCUAACUGUGUCUUUCUGCUGUUCGGUGCUGAGCAGGUAGUGUACAGUGGGUUUUUAGAGCUUUUUCUCUGAAAACAGCUGCCUGCUGCGGCUGAACACGAUGCUGUGGGAGCGGUGAGAGUGAACCAAAACAGUGAAGUUGCAGCCGGACAGUCAAACAAUGAGCUGAAACGCUCUGUGAAGCUCCACGAAGCCGAGGGGAGCUGCAGAUUCAGGCGAUAAUUAUAUGUAGGUUCAUCACUAUGAGCGACGCCUUUCACAUUGUCACAGUGUUUUCAAUGCCAUUUAAUACUGAGUGAUUAAAAAUAUGUGAUAAAAAAUGUUGAUUAUACUUGCUUUAAAAAAGUAAAGUAAUUAAGUAAUUUCAGCUGGGCAGUGUAGUUUUUAGCAAAUGUUACUCAAACAGUAAAUAGUGUUUGUUGGGGACUAUUUUCAGCGGCAGAUUAAUACACAUUUGGUGCACUAGUGAGUAUUCACGGACAGUGUACGUGGGAUUAACUGAAAAUAAACUAAAGUGCCCACGUCAUUGUCAUGAAGGAACCCAGUACAACAGUGUGGCUCAUUGAUGUGUUUCUAAUCGUUUUUGGAACAACGACGCUCUGUGGCACAGAGGAAUAAGAUAUAUCAGGCUUUGGAUACAUAGACACUUUUUAAUAGGAUCAGUUCAUUGUUGGUUGUGGUCUAUUCAUGGGAUAUGUUGUAGAAAUAAGAAAAUUCUAGAAUAUCACCAGACUGAUAUUUUCAUAUCGGUGAAUGAAUGAAUGAAUGUUUUUUAAGACUGUCAGAGGUAGAUUCAUCUCAUCCGUCAUUUUUGGGGCCAUAUUGUAGUUUUUAGUGCUUUUAAUCAAGUAUUCUGUUAAAGUCAGUGUUGGUGAGGGUCUGCCUACUGUAACUUUUUUUUUUUUUGCCACUUUUCUGUCCUUACGCAGUGUGAUGAUACCCCAACAACCACUUUCAAACAACAACGGCAGCUAAACGAGUGAGCCACAUUAAAUCACCAUUUAGCAGUGUGUGGCAGUCAAUAUACUGUAGGUCUUACUAUUACUGUUUUUAUGUUUUCAAUACAGCAUAUUAAGGCAGAAAACACACAGCACACAGAUCGUCGCUGCUGCAUCAGUUACAAACAAGGGUAAAGUAUGUUACGUGAAAGAAAGGGGGGAAAAAGGCUUAACAGGGCAUUUUCUUAACAGCACAUCAAACUACGGCCUCAAAAAUGAACUUCUUUUUUAAAAACUGAAUUGCAACACAAGCUUUAUUGAGCGGUAUUAAAUUCACGGCCACUGUAUUGUAAGGUGUUUCUGUUAUUUUGUCCAUCCCUGUGUCAUACUGAAAGAGGGAGACUAGGUGUUCACACUACAGGAUUUUUUUUUUCAUCCUACUACUAAUCACAUUUCUCUUUACGGUUAUAUCGCCUCAUCUUAAACUCACUGCAGUGAUACUGUAAGAGUGCAUAUUAUGUUCAACUAGUGCCGUCUAGGAAACACAUGACUGACACAUUUCCUGUAAAUUCUGUUCAAAGGUGACACACUUCCAUAAUUCAUUGUACAGGUAAGUGGGCUUGUUUUGCGCCUGGCGUACAGUGGUUAGUUCAGUGGAAAUGCUGGCAAAGUGUUGUGAAUGCAGCUGACAUUUUUUUGUGCUUUGUGAAACCUACAGUAAGACUGUUGUGUAGAUGAUCCCAAUUUUUAAAAGACGGGAGCUGUACAGACGUGAUCGUGGAAUCCCUCAAUCGCUCAAAAUCAUUCAAAAUGUGAAACCACAGAAAGUGAAGACUGCAUGGUUUACUUUCAUGUUUAUGUACAACCACUAUUUAUUCUGUUUGCACCUUUGUGGUGCCAUUUGUCUCUGACCCAACACAGAUGUCAUCGUGUCAUUUGAUGUAGUGGUUUAUUUAUUUAUUUUCCAAUAAAUUAAGAUUUUUAGAAAGUC